CCCUCCGCCUUCAAUGCUGGUCCUGCUGCAGCCCGUUCCGCGCCCUAGCGCCCGAACACCUGCAGGGGGCGCCAGAGAGCUUCCUUGCGGCGGCGGUAGCCGGCAGGAGAAGGCGGCCGCGGGGAGCGGGUCCUGCCUGGGGCGGUGUGAAGUCUCCGCAUUCUGCGGCAGAGGGACUAGGCGGGGGAGCAAGGAGACUACGGGCAACCCACCAUGGCUGAGGUCGGCUCCCUUCUCUGAUCACCCGGCUAGGUGAGCUGGCCGGCAGCAAAGACCAGGGCUGAAUCCCCGUCCUCCCUCGCGCGGCUGCACUGGUGCGGAGAGAUGGGAAAAUUGAGGCACAGAGAGAGGUGACAUUACACGCUGAAGAUCAUACAGGAGGGCAAUAGAGGUUCCGUGCAGAAGUCACAAUGACGUGGUGAAGCUGAAGACGGGACCUGGGAACCUUCCGUCUGCUCAAUUUGGGGUAAUCCAGCGAAUUCUCCAGCGUUCCAUUUUCCCACCAUGGCUAAAAGUGCAGAAGUGAAGCUGGCGAUCUUUGGUCGAGCCGGUGUGGGGAAGUCAGCUCUCGUCGUGCGCUUCCUGACCAAACGGUUCAUCUGGGAGUAUGACCCCACUCUAGAGUCUACCUAUCGUCAUCAGGCAACUAUUGAUGAUGAAGUUGUUUCCAUGGAGAUACUAGACACAGCUGGUCAGGAGGACACUAUUCAGAAGGAAGGACACGUACGAUGGGGUGAAGGCUUUGUGCUAGUCUACGACAUCACCGACAGGGGCAGCUUUGAGGAAGUGCUGCCACUUAAGAACUUGCUGGAUGAAGUUAAAAAACCCAAGAAUGUUACUCUGAUCCUAGUGGGGAACAAAGCAGACCUGGACCACUCCAGGCAGGUCAGCACAGAGGAAGGAGAAAAGCUGGCCACGGAACUGGCAUGUGCGUUUUAUGAGUGCUCCGCUUGCACAGGUGAAGGCAACAUCAUGGAGGCCUUCUAUGAGCUCUGCCGUGAGGUACGGCGUCGUAAGAUGGUCCAGGGCAAGACUCGGAGACGGAGCUCCACCACCCAUGUCAAGCAAGCGAUUAACAAGAUGCUCACCAAAAUCAGCAGCUAAAAGAUUUGUAACUAAGUAGAGAACCGGUGUAG